AACAUCUUCCCUCAACGCUGUCUUUCUCAGUUGCGAUCUUGUGAGUCAGAAAGCCUUGGGCUGCGCCUGUCGUUGUAAUAUAUCAGUCUUACAGCUUGUCGUCUAGUCAUAAUCCGCGCCUCACAGGAUGAAUCCCGACGGUAUAGAGAGUAGUCGGGAUGUACCAGGUCAAGAGGAAGUGUGCAUUGAAUCGCGUGCCAAUCUUCACGAGGAGACCCCGGCUUCGUAUCACCCUUCCGCCUCAAUUCGUAGUCUGCCCCCCGAGAUACUGACGGAGAUAUUCUCAAACGCUGUCUCGGCCACGUCGCCCGAACUAGGUGUCAUGGAUGUUUCUCAGGACAUCACUACGCUGAGCCACGUCUGUUCGUACUGGCGCGGAGUGGCCGAGCACGACGCGAGGCUAUGGUCGACCAUAGUCAUCCGCGGAACAACAUCCGGUGACAAGUCUCGUCUGGAAGAGCACCUGCGACGAUCGUGCACAUGGCCCAUCCAUGUCAUCAUCGCGCCCCUCCACAUCCUGGACGACGAUUUCCGUGGCUGCAUAACGGGCUUACACCCUCACAUGCACCGUAUCAAGCGGCUGUUCGUGAAGAUGAAAAACAGCUGGGUUAUGGAAAACGUCAUCGACUGUCUCACAAAGCCUGCCGUCCAACUCGAAGAGCUCACUCUCGGCCUCGUGCGGCCUGAGCCCGAUGUCGACGCACUCGCAACACCCUUCGACUUUGAAGCACCAUAUUGCUAUGCCCCGGAACCCAAAGCGGCAGCGCUCUUUGACGGGAACACCCCCGCAUUGCGUUUGGUCUGUCUGAUAUCCGUAUCACUAUCCUCACAUCCACCCAUUAUGCGGAAGCUACGGCACCUAACGUGGAAUGACGAAAUAGAAUGCUACCCCUCCGUUUAUCCUCGACAUUACGAAGUAGCGCCAGGAGCUCGAACAAUAUUCGAUGUUCAUGCGAUAUGACCCCGACUGGCUUGUCGGGCGGGACGUAAUGGCAUGCACCGACGCACCGACGAGGGCGCGGUCUCUCUCCCUGUCUGGAACCGCCUUGUCUAUAUCGCUCAGCACAUGUCGUGCGUGGACCUCUCCUUCGCGCGACUCUCCGUCCCUGGGCCCACCCAGUUCACCUCCCACUUGCUGGUUGCGAACGCUCGUGCCUAGAGCUCGGCGUUCUUCGCAAUCUGCUCAACCACCAAUAUC